AAAAUUUAAAAACCACAAUUUAAAAUAAGGAAAGAAAAAAAGGAUGAGAAAAUAGUAGAAGGAAAAUCCAAUCUGGAAAAGAGAGAAGCAGAGAUUAUACAGAUGGAUCUCAAGUGUGAGAAGGAGUAGGCUCCACGCACGUAGAACAUUAAUAGCGAUUCAAUUCUGCUCGGUCGUUUUUUUUUUGUUCUUUUCGGUUUCUCGUCAAUCAGAUAGGCACUUCUAGCACUUUGUUGGGAUGGAGGAUGCAAAAAAUGCUGAAGAGAAGUCUCCUACUGAACCCUCUUUAUCCUCCCAAGAUAAUAAUCAUUCCUCUAAUGAAAGUCUAAUCAGCCCAGUUAUUAAUGGAGAAGUGGAAUCUAACUCAGAAGCAUUAACAGUGGAUACUUCAAAAUUAGCAGCUGUUGAUGCUUCUGAUACCCCAUCACUGGGACAAGAUCAACUACCUCCAAUGGACAUUUCUACUCCAAUGUCCCCUGUUACAGUUGAUGAGGCAGAGCCUGACCAUCCGGAUACAGUUAAAGGAGAUUCUGAAACAGGAGUUGUUACCUCUGAUGGACCACAAUCUUGUGAUGGUAAUUUUGUUACCAAUGCCCAUGUUCACGUUGAUGUUAUUCCUUCUGCUUCCUCCCCUGAGAUCAGAGAUUCUACUGGUGAUGACCAUGUUGGGCAAUCCGAUGAGCUUUCCCUGCCGCAAGUGAUGCUUUCCAAUGCUGCUGUUGGAACACCAGAACCUUUCAGCGCUUCUAAACAUGUAAAACAGUUUGACGUAACCAGGGCCCAUGUUGAUACAGCAGCACCUUUUGAAUCUGUUAAAGAAGCAGUUUCCAAGUUUGGAGGAAUUGUUGAUUGGAAAGCCCAUAGAAUCCAGACGGUGGAGAGGCGCAAGCUUGUGGAGCGAGAACUUGAGAAAGCACGGGAGGAUAUUCCUGAAUAUAGGAAACAGGCUGAGGAUGCUGAAGAUGCAAAAACUCAAGCACUAAAGGAGCUGGACAGCACAAAGAGACUCAUAGAAGAAUUGAAGCUGAACUUAGAGAGAGCACAAACUGAAGAACAUCAGGCAAAACAGGACUCAGAACUUGCCAAACUCCGGGUGGAAGAGAUGGAGCAAGGAAUUGCUGAUGAAGCUAGUGUUGCAGCCAAAGCACAGCUUGAAGUUGCUAAAGCCAGACAUGCAGCUGCAGUUGCAGAUUUAAAAUCUGUGAAAGAUGAAUUGGAAGCACUGCGUAAGGAAUAUGCUUCUUUGGUGACUGAGAAAGAUGUGGCUGUGAAGAGGGCUGAGCAGGCUGUUUCAGCGUCUAAGGAAAUUGAGAAGACAGUGGAGGAACUGACUAUUGAGUUGAUUGCCACAAAGGAAGCCUUAGAAUCUGCACAUGCCACCCAUCUGGAGGCAGAGGAACAAAGAAUUGGAAUGGCUAUGGUGAAAGAGCAAGAUUCUCUCAAUUGGGAAAAGGAAUUGAAACAGGCAGAAGAGGAGCUGCAGAAACUUAAUGAGCAAGUUGUGUCUAGGAAGGAUCUCAAAUCAAAACUAGACACUGCUUCAGCCCUGUUGCUUGAUUUAAAAGCUGAAUUAGCAGCCUACAUGGAAUCAAAAUUGAAGCAGGAAACCAAUGAAGAACACUUGCAGGGUGAGCUAGAAGAACCUGAGAAGAAAACUCAUACUGAUCUACAAGCAGCAAUUGCUUCAGCCAAGAAGGAACUUGAAGAAGUGAAGCUCAAUAUUGAGAAAGCAACAACUGAGGUCAAUUAUUUGAAGGUGGCAGCCACAUCAUUACAAUCAGAGCUUCAAAAAGAAAAGUCAGCACUAGCCACAAUUAGGCAGAGAGAAGGAAUAGCAUCAGUGGCAGCUGCAUCUCUUGAAGCUGAGCUGAAUAGUACCAAGUCAGAGAUAGCUCUAGUUCAAAUGAAGGAGAGAGAAGCCAGAGAGAAGAUGGCAGAGCUUCCCAAGCAAUUACAGCAAGCUGCUCAAGAGGCAGAUCAGGCCAAGUCACUAGCCCAAAUGGCUCGGGAGGAGCUGCGGAAGGCAAAGGAAGAAGCAGAGCAAGCCAAGGCUGGAGCAAGUACCAUGGAGAGUAGAUUAUUAGCAGCUCAAAAGGAGAUAGAAGCUGCCAAGGCUUCAGAGAAGUUGGCACUAGCAGCUAUCAAAGCACUGCAGGAGAGUGAAUCAGCUCGAGACACCAAUGAUGAGGAUUCACCUACUGGAGUAACACUUGCUUUAGAAGAGUACUAUGAACUAAGCAAGCGAGCCCAUGAGGCGGAGGAGCAGGCCAACAUGAGGGUGGUGGCUGCCAUGUCCCAAAUUGAGGUAGCAAAGGAGUCCGAGGUUAGAAGUUUGGAUCAGCUGGAAGCAGUCAAUCGGGAGUUGGCUACUAGAAAGGAAGCCUUAAACCAUGCAUUGGAGAAGGCUGAGAAGGCCAAGGAAGGGAAGUUGGGUGUGGAGCAAGAGUUGAGAAAGUGGAGGGCAGAACAUGAGCAGCGGCGCAAGGCUUCUGAAUCUGGUCAAGGAGUGGUAAACCCAAUCAGAAGUCCCAGGAAGAGUUUUGAGGACAGAAGCUUGGAAGAGAGGAAAGAAUCAAAGAACUUUGACCGGGGCCCAGAACCUGCAGCUGCUAUCCAUUACAGGGCUAGCCCAAAGCCAUAUAUGCAAGGAAAUAGCACUGAAACCGAAUCAUCUCCAGAAACAAAGUCUAUGAAGAAAAAGAAGAGGUCAAUGUUCCCCCGGUUCUUCAUGUUCUUCACCAGAAGAAAGUCACACUCAUCAAAGUCAACAUAAC